AUGAUUUGGUAUUUUAAACAAUUAAACCAAUUCACACAAGAAGAAGUAGAUCAAGUUUAUACAAUUAGAAAAGAAGUAUUUUCUGAAGGUGGAGAAAAAGAUCUUGGACAUCCACCUAUGGACGAAAGUGAUCAAUAUUGCUAUCAUUCAUUUGGUUGGGAUGAAAAUGGUAUUGUUUGUUAUUGUCGUGUUAUUCAAGAAGAACAAGGAAUAUAUAAAAUUGCACGUGUUCUUGUACAUCAAAACCAUAGAAGAAAAGGAAUGGGACAACAAUUAAUUAAUUAUACAUGUGAUCAAAUAAAAAAUUUGUUUAAUGGUAAAAAAGUAAUUCUUUCAGCAUUAGAAGAUAUUCAUACAAUGUAUUUGAAAAUAGGAUUUAAUAAAACUGGUUCUUUCUGUGAUUUCAAUGGAAUUCCUGCAAUAGAUAUGCAAAGAGAACUUUAA